AUGGCCCACCAAGCACACGCAUAUCACAUAGUAGACCCCAGCCCCUGACCUCUAACAGGCGCCGUCGGCGCCCUGCUCCUCACAUCAGGGCUUGCAGUUUGAUUUCACUUCCACUCUACAAUCCUCCUAUCCUUAGGCCUCAUCCUUCUCUUGCUAACAAUAUACCAAUGAUGACGAGACAUCAUCCGAGAAGGCACAUUCCAAGGACAUCACACACCCCCUGUCCAAAAAGGCCUUCGAUUUGGUAUAAUUUUAUUCAUCACAUCAGAGGUCUUCUUCUUCCUAGGAUUCUUCUGAGCUUUCUACCACUCAAGCCUUGCCCCCACACCCGAACUAGGCGGCUGCUGACCCCCUACAGGCAUUACCACAUUAGACCCAUUCGAAGUCCCCCUGCUCAAUACUGCCGUCCUCCUAGCCUCUGGUGUAACAGUCACCUGAGCUCACCACAGCAUUAUAGAAGGCGAGCGCGAACAAGCUAUUCAUUCUUUAACACUAACUAUCCUACUUGGAUUCUACUUCACCUUCCUCCAAGCUAUAGAGUACUAUGAAGCCCCUUUCACCAUUGCAGACGGAGUCUAUGGCUCAACAUUCUUUGUAGCUACAGGCUUCCACGGACUCCACGUCAUCAUCGGCUCUACAUUCCUGGCCGUCUGUUUACUUCGCCAAGUCCAAUAUCAUUUUACAUCCGGACACCACUUCGGAUUUGAAGCAGCCGCCUGAUAUUGGCACUUCGUAGAUGUCGUUUGACUCUUCCUUUAUAUCUCUAUUUACUGAUGAGGCUCAUA